AUGCAUUGGAUCUUCGAAUGCAUCACGUUCAUUCAAUUCUUUCUGCGCACAUUUGCCUGGCCCUAUGACGAAGCCUUGGCUGCCUACAACCUCAAUGAAAACAAGCAGACGAGGAACCCCGCCGAGUACUGGGGUGCAUGGCCCAACCACACCUAUCACCCUUCGCCAGAGAAUUGGCGAUUCCCCAUCUAUACGCUUUUCCUCGACCGCUUCGUGAAUGGCGACCCCACCAAUGACAACAUCAAUGGUACUCUGUUCGAGCAUGAUCUCAAUUCCAACCAGAUGCGCCACGGGGGCGAUGUCGUUGGGCUCUUGGAUACAUUGGACUAUCUGCAAGGAAUGGGGAUCAAGGGUAUAUAUCUCGCCGGAACGAUCCUGAUGAAUCAGCCCUGGGGCUCUGAUGGCUAUUCAGCAUUGGACACUACCUUGCUUGAUCAGCAUUAUGGAACGAUACAAACAUGGAGAGAAGCUAUUACGGAGAUUCACAAACGCGGAAUAUAUGUGAUCUUUGACAACACGAUUGCGACCAUGGGCGACCUGAUCGGGUUCGAAGGGUAUCUUAAUACCACCGCUCCUUUCUUGACGAAAGAACAUAAAGUCCAGUGGAAAUCCGAUCGGAGAUAUGUUGAUUUCAAUAUUGGAAACGACUAUAAUGAGACCUGCAACUAUCCCCGUUUCUGGAACGAGACAGGCUACCCGGUUGAUAGUUAUGUCCACGAUGAAUUGGGCGGGUGUUACAACAGCGAUUUUGACCAAUAUGGGGACAUUGAAGCCUUUGGUGUAUACCCCGAUUGGAAAAGAGAAUUGGCCAAAUUUGCUUCUGUGCAGGAUCGUCUUCGAGAGUGGGUUCCGAGUGUCAGAGAACGUCUCGUUCGUCACUCGUGUAUGAUUAUCGCUUCCCUUGAUAUUGAUGGUUUCCGCUAUGACAAAGCCACUCAAGCUACCGUCGAUGCUCUUGGUGAUAUCUCAGAAGCCUAUCGAAAUUGCGCAAGGAAAGUGGGCAAAACGAACUUCUUCUUGCCCGGGGAGAUCACGGGUGGUAACACUUUUGGCUCUAUCUUUCUUGGUCGGGGUCGUCAGCCUGAUAUGCUUCCGCAGACAUUGGACGAAGCCUUUCAACAGACGAGCUCAUCCAAUGCAAGCUAUUUUAUUCGCGAUAAGAAUAAACAAGCCAUUGAUGGCGCCGCGUUUCAUUACUCAGUCUACCGAUCUCUGACUCGCUUCUUGGGCAUGGAUGGAAAUCUAGCAGCCGGCUACGACAUCCCGGUCAAUUGGACCACGGCCUGGUAUGAGAUGAUCUUGACCAACGAUCUUUUGAAUGCAAACACUGGGAAAUAUGACCCGCGUCAUAUGUACGGUGUGACCAACCAAGACGUCUUUCGUUGGCCGGCAGUCGACAUGGGCAUUGAGAGGCAACUUCUUGGGCUCUUCAUUACUACUCUUCACCUUCCUGGCAUUCCUUUACUGCUAUGGGGCGAGGAGCAGGGAUUUUAUAUCCUCGAUGCAACGGCGUCAAAUUACAUCUUCGGACGGCAGGCCAUGUCCCCCGCGACCGCUUGGAAGACUCACGGAUGCUUCAAUUUGACCUCCCAGCAAUACUACAACUGGCCGAUCAAAUCGGGACGACUGGGAUGUCACGAUGAACGUGCCACUUACGAUCAUCGAGACCCUUCACACUUCUUGCGAAACACGAUCAAGCACAUGUAUCAGAUGCGAGAGGACUUCCCUACGCUCAACGACGGCUGGUGGAUACAACUUCUGUCCAACCAAACACGCAAUGUAUACUACCCAGGAUCCAAUGGCCUACCCACAGAGACAGGAAUGUGGUCUGUUCUACGAAGCCCGUAUUACAAGGGACAAGAUCUCGGAUCAGAUGGCAACCAGACCAUCUGGUUGGUCUACCACAAUGACAAAAAAGCUGUUACAUAUCAUUUUGAUUGCGCCAGCAGAAAUGCAGCUCUCAUUGCGCCAUUUGACGCGAAUACCACCGUCAAGAAUCUUUUUUAUCCCCACGACGAAAUUAAGCUCAAGGAGAGCUCGACAUACAUGCAUUUGAAUGGUUCCACCACGUCAAACGGUUGCUCAGACACACUCAAGCUAGCUCCGUACGAGUUCAAAGCCUACGUGCCAAAAGAGAAAUUUGUUGCUCCGCGUCCUAUGAUCACCAGAUUCACACCUGGUCAUGACUUUCCGGUACUUUCAAAAGUCAAGCCAGGUCAGCUGGAAGAACUCAAAAUUGGCUUAUAUUUCUCGGCUGAAAUGGAUUGUGCACAAGUGUCGCAAGCCAUCUCUUUUCAAUCCUCAACAGAGACAGGAGUCAGUCCGUCCAUCGACUUGACCACGGUGAAGUGCGGGAAGAUUGUGGAUGAAGAGAUCCUCUAUUCUGGCCAAAUUCCUUCCACAUGGGCCUGGACAGCCACUCUCGCAGGAGUUGAUCACGGGAUCCACCGUAUGACCGUUCAUAAUGCUACCAGCAUCGAUGGCCGCACAACGAAUGCAAUCGAUCACUUUUUGAUCCGGAUUGGUGCCGAUGACAAUCCGAUGAUCUUCACGUCCGCCAACUACUCACGGACACUUCUUCACAAGCGUGAAGACGGCUCCCUUUAUAUCCUACAACGCGCACCUGGAGCAGACAAAUAUCGCUACUCAACCAACUGGGGCAGCUCCUAUAGCCAGUGGCUUCCAUAUCACGGAGGCAAUCAAUCGAUCAAGGAAUUACCUUGGUCGGGAACCAAGGAUCAACAAUGGGGUGCGAAGCACGUUCGUGUGGAAUAUUGGAGCCGCCUCACAGGGAGCAGCGACUACGUACAAGAAGGCGAUAGCCCUGACUGGAGCUCUCAGGUCCCACGCCGAUGGCCUCACCUCUUCUUUGACGGCCCUUUCAAUCAGUACGGGUAUGAUGCCGGUCUGGCAAACGUCUUUGAACAAGACAGUGAUGGUCUCUGGAAAUUCCGGUUCGCCGCGGAGUGGCCGGCUCAAGGCCAGAUGAACGUAUGGGGGAUCAAUCCUGACGGCAAACCGGACCAAAGCUACAUUUUUGGAGACGCGGACGGCGACUCCGUGCUCGAUCGUCUACCACCAUCCUCGCAGUCGCCGACUGUCAUCAACAUCACUGAACACCCACCAGAUCCCUACCUGGCCUGGACAGUUCACGUCAAUGAUGCCACCUUACGUUUCUACUUACUUCCGGCUGGGUCGAAGUAUGUUCAAAUGGCGCUUUUUAUCCUCCUGGGCAUCGUUCCAGUGGUCACAGCUGUGUCAUGUGCCUAUGUCUUCAAAACAACGUUUUACCGAAUAAGAUUCAACCAGAUCGGUGUUAGUGAGAAAAAGACCCUCGUGUCGCUGGACUUCCUCCAGCACAUCAGGCCAUCUACUAUCAGGGCAGCUGGGCUUCGGGGCCUAUUGACACGGCUGACAAGCAAUUCCAGAUUUCUUCAGAGUACGUCUGCGUUUAGCAGUCGAUCGUCCAAUCGACGAAAAGUGCUGAUAGCAACCAUGGAAUAUGAAAUCGAGGACUGGGCCAUAAAGAUCAAGAUUGGUGGCCUAGGUGUGAUGGCUCAGCUCAUGAGCAAGCAACUUGGUCACCUGGACCUCGUCUGGGUAAUUCCAUGCAUGGGCGGCAUCACCUAUCCAGUGGAUACCCAGGCCGAAUCGAUGUUUGUGACCAUUCUCGAAAACACCUUCGAGGUGAGGGUGCAGUAUCAUAUCUUGAGGAACGUGACUUAUGUUCUACUGGACGCCCCAGUCUUUCGGCAGCAGUCCGCCAAAGAACCCUACCCGGCGCGGAUGGAUGAUCUUGGCAGUGCCAUCUAUUAUUCCGCCUGGAAUCAAUGCAUUGCUCAAACUAUGAGACGAUUCUCAAUCGAUCUCUAUCAUAUCAAUGAUUAUCACGGUGCCAUUGCUAUGCUUUACCAGCUCCCGGAGACAGUACCAAUCUGCCUUUCUCUUCACAACGCAGAAUUCCAAGGACUAUGGCCAAUGCGCACCCAGAAAGAAAAAAGAGAAGUUUGCUCGGUAUUCAAUCUCGAUAUCGAUGUUGUCACUCGCUAUGUCCAAUUUGGCGAGGUGUUCAAUCUACUUCAUGCUGGUGCGAGCUAUCUACGUCUUCAUCAGCAAGGUUUUGGAGCCGUUGGGGUAUCAAAAAAAUACGGGAAGAGAUCCUACGCGCGAUACCCUAUCUUUUGGGGGCUUAAACGGGUAGGAAACCUCCCGAAUCCUGAUCCCUCUGAUACUGGAGAGUGGAUUAAAUCAACGUCCGAAGAGAAAAACGUCGAGGUUGAUAAUGAUUACGAAACACAACGCCUAGAACUCAAAAGACAAGCGCAGGAAUGGGCUGGCUUAGAUCAACGCGCUGAUGCUGAGUUGAUGGUGUUUGUUGGAAGAUGGUCGAUGCAAAAAGGUGUCGAUUUAAUCGCAGACGUUAUGCCAGGCGUUCUCGAAUCUCAGCCUCGGGUUCAGUUGAUUUGCGUUGGACCGGUCAUCGAUCUGUAUGGCAAAUUUGCCGCAUUGAAGCUAGACCAGCUGAUGCGACUCUAUCCGGGGCGUGUGUGUUCCAAGCCCCAGUUUACUGUCUUGCCACCAUUCAUUUUCUCGGGGGCGGAAUUUGCGUUGAUCCCAUCUCGCGAUGAACCAUUUGGACUGGUUGCCGUCGAAUUCGGACGCAAAGGCGCCCUUGGAAUCGGUGCUCGAGUGGGUGGACUUGGCCAGAUGCCAGGUUGGUGGUACGAGGUCGAGUCUACAACAACCAGUCACCUUCUUAAACAGUUCAAGCUUGCGAUCGAUAGUGCUUUGAGCUCGAAGAAGGAGACGAGGGCGAUGAUGCGAGCAAGAUCAGCAAAGCAGCGGUUCCCUGUUGCGCAAUGGAUUGAAGAUUUGGAGAUACUACAAUCAACCGCCGUCCGCAUCCAUGAUAAAGAGAAAUCAAAGUCUGGACAUGUGAACUCGAAUACCACAAACAACGCCAUUUACGGUAUGAUGACUCCUCAGACUGGUGGCUCGUCUCGGUCUUCUGCUUCGAGCACGACACUGGCACCACCGCCACAGUCUCCUCGCCGACCAAUCGCUUUGUCUUCACUGCGAACGACCUCUGUGGUUUAUAGUCGGGAGACGGGCUCAAUACUGAACAGAUCUAAGUCAGGUCAUGGUCGACACAACUCCUUUGGGGUCAUUGGUGGCCCACAAUCUGCUCGAGCUACUACGGAAAAUCCUGUUACUCGAGAUUUGAGAAGGGAUAGACUUACUGAAGUACAGACCGUGCAACAAGAAUCACCAUCUGAGUUCCAAGACGAUACCGAAAAUGAUAUGAUGGCGACUUGUUUUGGCAAUGACGAGUAUCCCGCGCCAGUGGAUGACACUGAAAGGGGAAGCAUCAUGUAUCCUCCUUUGGACCGGACUUCUUCUGGGGCUUUCCCAAUGAAAUAUGGUUCUUCCGCUCCAUAUUCAUACCAAAGCUUGAUCCCUGGCUAUCACACGAGCAGUCCGUCCGGCUCGACAACCCCGAGCUCAAUAGGGACUGAGGAUACACUCCUACCUCCCUCAAGAAUGCGGGUCGACUUUGGAAAUCGUUUCAGUCAAUCUUCGGCUUUGUCAGUUGAGACUGUCGUGGGCGACAAAAAGGACUACAAACUGCAGAAAGUCGAUCCAUUCUUCACGGACAGUAAUGAAGAAUACUUCAGAGAGUUUGAGAAGAAGCUCCAGAAUUUGAACGGGUCAAACUCCGAACAUCAGCUUUGCAUUGAGCAAUUUCUUGAGAAAAGUGAGAAGAAAUGGUUUGAUCGAUUCCGUGACGCACGUCUCGGCCGCAACCAGUCCCAAGCUCUCCUGGGUCAAGAUAGCAAAGCGAGAAGCCAUUCAUCUUCACGCUCGAUCAACGCCGAGGAUUCAAGCUCCCAUGAAGGUGGAGUGCCAGAGAGGAAACAACCUGAUGAAUUCUUCCUGGGAGCCGACUACGUGCCACCUACCGGCCUGAAAAAGUGGAUGCAGAUGCGGCUAGGAGACUGGCCUGUUUACUCCUUGUUUCUGGGUCUUGGCCAAAUCAUUGCGGCAAAUUCUUAUCAAAUAACUCUGCUGACUGGUGAGAUUGGGCAGAGCGAGGCAAAGCUAUACGGCAUUGCCACUGUUUAUUUGGUUACGUCUAUCUUGUGGUGGCUUUUCUUCCGCUUUUGCAAAUCGGUACUAGUACUGACCGUGCCGUGGUUCUUAUAUGGCACAGCGUUUCUCAUUAUUGGCUUUGCUCACUUUGAGUCUGAUUACUUCAUUCGCGGAUGGAUUCAGAAUAUUGGGAGCGGUAUCUACGCUGCCGCCUCGUCAAGCGGAUCAAUAUUCUUCGCGCUCAACUUUGGCGACGAAAGUGGCGCCCCAGUCAAAAAAUGGGUUUUCCGUGCCUGUCUCAUUCAAGGCACUCAACAGGCCUACGUGAUUGCUCUAUGGUAUUGGGGAUCCACAUUAACUAAAGCUUCCAAUGCAGGGUUGAGUGGUCAAGCCAAUAUCACCAACACAUGGAGGAUGACGGCCAUUUGCGCACCUGUUACUGUUUUCCUAUGGGGCGUUGGCUUGCUCAUUUAUUUCGGCUUGCCGAACUACUACCGACAAACUCCUGGGAAGGUUCCCUCUUUCUACAAGUCCGUCUUUCGACGCAAGAUUGUGCUGUGGAAUUGGGUCGUCGUUAUUCUACAAAAUUUCUUCUUGAGUGCGCCAUAUGGCCGGAAUUGGAAUUUCCUUUGGAUUUCCCAACAUGCAAAGUCAUGGCAAAUCCUAUGUCUUUGCGUGGUAUUCUUCGGUCUGGUGUGGAUCCUGAUACUUUUGUUACUCGCCUGGGUGUCGAAAUCACACAGCUGGAUUCUACCAAUUGUCGCAUGCGGACUUGGAGCUCCCAGGUGGGCGCAAAUAUGGUGGGGAACGUCAGGGUCGGGUCUCUUCUUGCCAUGGGCCGGUAACUACGUCUCAGGUGCUUUAGUCUCACGCAGUCUCUGGCUGUGGCUCGGUGUCAUGGAUGCAGUGCAAGGCCUGGGCUUUGGCAUGAUUUUGUUGCAGACUCUAACGAGAAUGCACAUCUGUUUCACGCUGCUGGUUUCGCAAGUGAUUGGAUCUCUCGCCACAAUUUGUGCCAGGGCCUUUGCACCUAACAAGAUCGGACCGGGGCCAAUCUCGCCGGAUAUUACGGCGGGUGCUGCUGCCCUGGGUAAUGCAUGGUUCUGGAUUGCCUUGAUAUCCCAAUUGUUAAUCUGUGGCGGCUUCUUACUCUUCUUCCGCCGCGAGCAACUAUCCAAACCUUAG